ACUGGAUGGCGCUGGGAUUCGCGGUGUACCUGGCCCUCCUGCGCGCGCUGCAGCUGCGCCCCGCCGCUCUGUGCGGCGGCGGCGGCCCCUUCGUGCCGCUGACGGGUCUGGCGCUGGUGGCGGGCAGCGCGGUGACGCAGAUGUGCGCCGCCACCAUCAGCGCAGCGGGGCUGGGGAACGGCUCGUCGCUGGUGAUAUGCGCCAACAUCAUGUCAGACUACGCCUCCACGCUCCAUACGGUCGCCUCCGCGCUGUCCGCCCGCCUGCUCUCACCGCUGACACUGCUGGCGGUCCUGGGCGGCUACCUGGGCCUUGUGGCCGCCUGCACCGCCCUCACCGCCGCGGAGCUGCGGCUGCCGCUGGUGCACUACGCGGCUAGUGCGCCUCCGCCGCCGCACGGGGAUGGAGGCGGAGGAGGAGGGGGAGGCAUGCAAGACCUGAUCGCACAGGCUCGCCUGCUGUCUCAGCGCAAGAGCAGCGAGCGCAUGCGGCAGCGGGGAGGGGCUGGAGCAGGUGGGGGAGCCGCCGCCGCAGCAGCAGGCGGUGGUGGGAGCGGCAGCCCAGCUGCUGCUGCUGCUGCUGCUGCCUCUUCUUCUGGAUCGCAU